AUGUCACAAAAUCUCAGAUGUAACACUUCGAAUUGGCUGUUUCAGCUUCCUCCAGAGAUUCUUCUCUACCUUUCGGAAUUCUUCAACUCAUCGCGAGAUCUAUUUGCGAUGGCUUGUGUGAACAGGAAUUCAAAAGAUUUUUUCCUGCCGUGUCUCUACAGCUUCAAUGUUCGCCGUCAAGAAAGCUCCGCGUUGAUCUGGGCCGCUCAAAAUAACAAAAUCGCUCUGGCAAAUCGUUUGCUAAAGGAAUAUCGAGCAAAUGCCAACGCGACAGAUGAUAGAUCUCGCACGCCUAUUUUUCACGCAAUUCAAGUUGGAAGUGAGGAAAUGAUUCGAACUCUUCUGGAAAGCGCAGCGGACAUCAACUGGCCAGACGACCGACAUCAGACCCCCUUGCUAUAUGCUCUACAGCGGAAGCACCUGUCCAUGGCGCGCGUUUUGUUGCGACAUUUCAAUCCAUCAGUGGAUUGUAGGGAUUCCAUGGGUCGAAAUGCUAUCUGGUAUGCUGUCGCCAGUUGCAAUGAGCAAUUGGUACGACCUCUUCUAGAACGGCAAAGCGACAUAUGGAUGAUGGACUGCCGACAAACCACCCCUCUCAGUCUGGCGAUUUCCAAACGGAAUUUGCCUAUCAUCCAGCUCCUGCUUGAUCAUUCACAAGCUCAUCCUUCACAGCCCCGACUGGUGGACGUCAAUGCUGGAGACCACCCGCUUUGCUUGGCCGUCCACGCUGGUCUGAAUGAAAUUGCUCAAACUCUGAUUAAGUACGGUGCAGAACUCCAUGUCAGAGACAGAUACGGCCAGCCCUUGUUGCACCGAGCCGCCAGCAACGGACAUGAUGACGUCACCAAGCUGUUGCUGGGCCAUGGAGUGGAUGUCAAUAGUACUGAUCCGGGGGGCCGAACGGCAUUGCACUUUGCUGCAUUUUAUGGCCAUAAGUCGACUACUAGGCUAUUGUUGAGUACCCCUGGAAUUGACAUUGCGGCUUGUGACAGCGAAGGGGCUACACCUCUCUGCGCGGCCGCACGUGGAAACCACCGAUCUGUCGCAUUGCAGAUCUUGGCCGAGGAACCAAUCAACAUCAAUGCACGCGGCUUUGGCCAAAAGACUGCUCUUCAUUUUGCGGUUCAAAAUAAAAACUUUCACCUCGCGUGUCUCCUUGUGGACUUGGAUUCACUGGACCCAAACCUCUGCGAUGACCAGGGGUGGACAGCCCUCAGCUACGCGGCAUGUCAGGGCGAUAUCCGGAUGUUGGAGCUUCUCCUUACCAGGACCGAUCUAGAUUUGGAUGUACCGCGAGCAUCUCCCAUUUAUCUUGCUGCCGAGAGGGGGCAUGUGGAAGUUGCCCGCCGACUCGUUUCCCUUCAACAGGUCGAUAUCAACCAGACAUUCUGGCACAAGUCUCCUCUUUUCAUCGCGAUCGAAAACGGCUACCGUGAUGUGGCCAAAGUGCUCCUCGCACAAGGGUCUCGACUGGAUGUUAAUGCAAAGACCUCUCUUGGGGACACCGCACUGCACAUGGCUGUCUCGUAUGGGAAUCUGGAUAUUGUGGAGCUAUUGCUCAGAGACGAUCGAAUCGAUGUUACGGGGACCAAUAGAUAUGGGGAGUCAGCCCUGGAGCUGGCAGCCCGGAACGGGAAGGAGCACGUUGUCAGGCUUCUUUGCCACGACCGCCGAGCAAGAAAUGCAAGGCACUUCCGGAGUGCCAUGGAAGCAACAUCAAAUCUUCGGAUUCUGUAUUUUCUUCAGGGCCAGUUGAUGAGACGUGACGUGCAACACGAUGUGCGUCGGUCAGCUCGACUUGCCGGAGGAAGUUACCAGAUCAUAGAACCUCCACCAGGCCGUCACUUCGAAGGUCGGCGCGCUUGUCACAGUCAAGAGUCAGGAGAGCGUAGAUGA